AUUCGCACGGUGUUUACCAACCAGCGGCUAGGCUAAACGGCCGGUCGGACAAAUCUCUCCUCACUCGACAGUUAUACUGGUUUAAUCCGAGUCAGAGUGCACAUAAUUACACAUGGCGGAUCCUGCGGUGGCGUCGGGAGGUUCACUGAACGCAGGAGGGCGUGGGAGUGGUGGUAAAGCCACGACCAGCCCUGCAGAGAACUACCACCUGGCCCGGCGCCGCACCCUGCAGGUGGUCGUCAGCGCCCUCCUGACGGAGUGUGGCUUUGAGAGCGCGGAGAAGGCAGCGGUGGAGACGCUCACGGAGAUGAUGCAAAGCUAUAUCACUGAAAUCGGUCGAUGUGCUAAAGCUUAUUGCGAACACACAGCCAGGAGCAUCCCGACCCUGUCCGACACAGUGGUCACGCUCAUAGAGAUGGGUUUCAAAGCCGACACCCUGCCCAUGUAUGCCAAGAGAUCACAGAGGAUGGUUAUAACGGCACCUCCGGUGACGAACGUACCUGUGACUCCCAAAGCCCUGUCGGCCGGCCAGAAGCGCACACAUCCAGCUCACAUCCCCGGCCACUUCCCGGAGUUUCCUGACCCUCACACCUACAUCAAAACACCCACGUUCAGAGAGCCGGUGUCGGACUACCAGGUGGUGAGAGAGAAGGCAGCGAGUCAGAGGAGAGACGUGGAGCGAGCGCUCACUCGCUUCAUGGCCAAGACCGGAGAAACUCACAGCCUCUUCAAAGACGACGUCACCGCCUUCCCACUGAUCGCAGCCCAGACGAGCACUAUUCCAUAUCUCUGCGCCCUCCUGCCCUCAGAGCUGGAAUUGCAGACGCUGGAGGAGACGGACUCCUCUGAGCAGGACGACCAGACGGACAGCGAGAACGCCGCAGGGAACGUCAUCAGUGAUGAUCCGGGAGCUGACAAAGAGAACUCCAUGCUUCCUCCCGGCGAAGAUGUUCCUUCCACAAAGGCCAGCGAGGACAAUGUGAUCGACAACCCGUACCUUCGGCCAGUCAAGAAACCCAAAUUGAGAAGAAAGAAAUGAGUCCAAUAUGGACCAACGGACUCGCAUUUGCCACAGUGGUUGGUGCUUUUGAGCAGUUGAGUCAGUGGCAGCGUCAUCAGCAGCAUCAGCAGCAUCCUCCUGCUGCUGAAAGCUGCUGCAUGAGCCGGGACCAGUACGGCUGUUUGCUUUUUGUAAGCUGACUUCUGUUGGUGUCAAGUUACCGUCUUUUGGACUCUUGCAAUUUCUCACUUGAUAGGAAUAAAUUCCCCGGCCAAACUGGAAUUCCACUCAGACCACAACAACGUGUUCCUUUUUCCCUCCUUUUAUUAGUAGGCUCCGUUUCCAAGUAAUUUGUGACUAUCCAUAAAACGAAGCAACGCUUCAUUAAUUGGAAUGAGGUGAAAAACCUUUAAACAGAAAAAAACACAUUUCAAUUUAACUGUCAAAAGCAAAACACUGAUGUAGCACCAGUGCAUUUUGACUAUAUUAUAUAUUUCACCACCGUUAUCCCAGCUGUGCCUCCACCAACAUGAGAUUAUCAAAUAAUACACAGUCACCGCACAAUCGGUCCAUAAACAAACCAGCUACCUUUCAUAACAACGACAACCCAUUCCCUGUGUCGCGUGAGCAGGAGCGCCGUGACGGUAGUCCAACAGUAGAGUACAGAGCCGCUCUAGCCGGCUGCUUCUCUGGACUUGUAGACGUUUCUCUUGGCGUGUCCAGGGAGGUCGCUCUACCUAGACUGUUUAAGAAGCGCCCGCUGUUACUUCCGGUGGCUUUUUAGCUCCACCCCAUUUCCCAUGUUGGAUGUUAGUUCAAAGUAUUCUGCCAAUUGCUUUGUUUAUUUUAAUUUGCGAUUAUUUCCCCACGUUCCCAAUUACUUUAUUCAUUGUCAAUUAUUUGUAUUUAUAUAUGUUUUCUAUAAAAUCAUUUGACUUGACAA